GACAGUUCGUACUUUGACCAUUGUCCUUGACGGUUAAUCAUCCUAAAUAAAAGAAAGAUUUAGAUUGGUUGGAGGUGAUAUCACCUCUUCAAAAUACCACUGUAAUAAAUAAUUGGUGUCCAGAAUUCCUUUGUGAAUUCCUCAAUACCUAAAAAUGGCAGAUUUAUUAUCGGUGCCCUUAAAGAAACCGUCAGAAGUUGAUAUUGUGAACCCCUUGAAGAAUCUAAUUCAGUCCAGGUACAGCACUGCGGACCAACCCGAAGACUAUUCUGAACAAAUCAACGAGUUUUCCAAGUUACGGAAUAAUGCUAUCUGGCGAGCAUUUGAGAAGUACGAAAGUUCGUUGGAAGUCAUUUACAGCUACUAUGAUCAACUUGUUUCUUUGGAAACGAAAGUACCCGCACAAGAAGUCCAAAUACCCUUCAAGUGGAAGGAUGCUUUCGAUAAAGGGUCCAUUUUUGGUGGUCGAAUAAGUUUAACAAUUUCAUCUUUGGCAUACGAAAAAAUGUGCAUCCUCUUUAACAUUGCAGCGCUACAGAGUUCAGUGGCUGCAACACAAAGUGUUGAGAAUGAUGAAAGCUUGAAACUGGCCGCUAAACUGUUGCAGCAAGCUGCAGGCAUUUUUUCCCAUUUGAAAUCUACAGUAAUGUUAUCGAUUCAACAAGAUCCGACACCAGAUUUAAAUCCCGAUACUCUUGGAGCAUUGUCGGCGUUAAUGUUAGCUCAGGCCCAAGAAAUAUUUGUCCUGAAAGCUAUUCACGAUGAAAUGAAGGAUCAAAUUGUUGCGAAAUUAUCGUCGCAGUGUGAAGACUUAUAUAGUGAAUGUUUGAAAAUGUUUCAACGUGAAAAUUUAAAGCAACUUUGGGAUCGCGACUGGAUAGCCACUAUUGCAGGGAAGCAGGCGGGUUAUCAUGCUAUAGCCGAGUAUUAUCAAAGUCUCGUAUGUAAGAGCAACAAGAUUAUUGGGGAACAGAUCACUCGACUUGAGAGCGCCAUGGAACUUUUCAAAGCUGCACAAACCAGAUCUGGAAAGGCAGCUAUGUUCCAAGAUUUUGCCAACAAAGCACAAAGAAAUUUAAACGAAGCAAAAAAAGACAAUGACUUUAUUUACCACGAAAGAAUACCCGAUAUCAAAUCUGUUGCUGCUAUUGGGAAAGCACAACUUGCUAAGAUCGUACCCUUGGGUUAUCCUUUAAGCCAAAAUUUCCAAGAUUUGUUCAGUGAACUUGUGCCUGUCGUUGUCCAUCAAGCAAUGGCAGCUUAUGAGCUUCGGAAGAAUGAAAUUCAAAAUGGGGAAAUAUCAAAAUUACGUGAUUCUACACAAUUUUUGAAUAGCGUAUUGGCAUCAUUAAAUUUACCAGCAGCAAUUGAAGUUACCCAAGGAGGAAAUUCGUUGCCCCCUUCAAUUUUGGAAAAAUCCGAGGCAGUUCGCCAGUUGGGCGGCCUUACCCAUUUAAACUCUCUAAUCACCGAAUUACCAGAAUUGCUAAAAAGAAAUCAAGAUAUUCUGGAUGAGGCAGACCGUAUGUUAAAUGAGGAAAAACAGUCGGACGAUUCUUUGAGAGCACAAUUUAAGGAGCGAUGGACUAGGACUCCUUCUGAUAAACUUACGGAAAUGUUUCGCUCAAAUGCUGCCAAAUAUCGCCAAAUUAUCAACAAUGCAAUUCAGGCUGAUAAAACUGUUAGAGAGAAAUUUGAAAGUCACAGAAUGGGGAUGGAAUUGCUCAGCAAGUCACCAGGCGAACUUCAGUCAGCAGUUCCGGCGGGUCCAGGUGGAUCAGUUUCGAAUUCAUCAGCGGUGCAAACCCUACGUCAGCUGAUGGAAGAGGUGGAAACGGUUAAGGCUGAAAGGGAUGUUAUCGAAACUGAGCUUAAAAGUGCAACUGUGGAUAUGAAGGAGCAGUUUUUGUCGUCACUGUCAAAUGAUGGAGGUAUCAAUGAACCGGCGCUAUCUAUGGAAAGCAUCGGUCGAUCAUUUGGUCCGCUGCAAAAGCAGGUGAAAGAGAGCAUAGAUAAACAGGAGGACUUAAUUGCGAGGAUACAGUCUGCACAUCAGCAAUUUUCCCAAGAGACUGGAACAAGCGCAGGUGGUAGGGACAGUAUGAUGUGUCACUUAGCUGCAGCACACGACGCGUUUCGUGAUUUGCAAAGCAAUUUAAAAGAGGGCGCUCAAUUUUACAAUGAUCUAACUCAGCUGUUAGUGGUGUUCCAAAACAAAAUUUCAGAUUAUUGUUUUGCUCGUAAAACCGAAAAGGAAGAACUAAUGAAGGACUUAACUCAGGAAUGCAGUCGCCAAACAACACCAUUGCCUCCACCAUCUCAACCAUCUUUCCAUAAUGAAGUCAAGAAAACUGAACCAUCUCCAACUUCACCAACAUCGGCUCCACCAGUGCAAACUUCGUCCAAUUUACCGUACCCGGUGUAUGUGCAGGGUAUGCCAGUACCUUUUGCACCCGGUUCGGCUCCCUAUACCGCAUACGCCCCACCACCUAUGCCGCAAAGCUACAAUCCGUAUGGCGGGGGAUACCAACAAGCGCCAUACAAUUACGCUGGAGGAUAUCCUCCUCAACAAGGCUAUCCCGGAGGUUAUCCACAACAAGGCAAUUAUCCACAAGGAAAUUAUCCUCAACAAUCGUAUCCACCUGGAACUUAUCCUCAGCAACAACAUCCUCGGGGUUGGUAACUUCGCACUGAUUAAUGGGUUUCCCCCAAUAUAUUUUUAUUUUAUUAUUUUUCAUUAAAUAUGUCUAUUCGUA